CUAAAGAGCCCCAAUCGAGGCAAUUGAGGAAAUCUCGACCAUUGCCGACCAGUACAGAUUGACCAUGCGCCUUCAUUGUGUUCCCGUAUUGCUUCUCCUGGCCUUGUUUGCCAGCGGCUAUACCAUCGGGGAGAGCUCCUACGAUGAGUGAGCCUGUUCCGUGAUUCUGUGCGUGCACCGACCGGUGUACUGACUACAUUCAAGGGUUGGCCGUUGGUCUCCUCGUGAUCAACACGACUACGGCGAAUGGCUGGUCGACGUGACUCGUCGCACCGAGAACAGCUCCCAGCAGUUGCACCCCACGGUGCGGGAAUUCGGCGACCUCAUCGAGGCUCGACCACAUCUCCGGAUGCUCUUUGCACUAAUGUUCCAGGAAGUGCCUCGAAGUCCUCGUUACGUUUACGAGCUCAGCGGACGACCCCAGAUCCGAGACUAUCGCCACAUGCUACGCGUACUCGACCACCUUAUCCAGACGGCGCCGCCCUACAGCACGCGAAAAAAUCGCAUGAGCUAUGCCGGUAUUCCCCUGAGCAGUUUGCUCAACUGGCCGAUGGGAACACAAAGCGGCUUUGCAGCCUUCCUGCAGUCCCCAGACUCGGUUCAUGUCCUUGGCAGUGCUCCCACCGACUGGUUCGGCCCGACGGGGCUCGCUGAUCUCACUGAAGUUGCGAACAUCGGUCAGACGAAUUAUACGUUCGACGAAAUAUUUAUCGCCAACGCGACGGCCCCGUACCGCGGAUUCCAGUCCUGGGAUGAUUUCUUCAUCCGGUCAUUCCGCGAGGGCAUCCGUCCCGUCGCGGGGAACGACAGCGUGAUCGCGAAUGCCUGCGAGUCGAAGCCCUAUCAGGUGCAGCACAACGUGAGCGCUCACGAUCAGUUCUGGAUCAAGGAACGGCCGUAUUCGAUUGUGGACAUGCUGGGUGGUGAUCCGUUGUCCGAGAAGUUUAUCGGGGGCACGGUCUACCAAGCGUUCUUGAGCUCCCUGAGCUACCAUCGCUGGCACGCGCCGGUCUCAGGCCGCAUCGCGAAAGCCUUCACGUUGAAUGGGACCUACUUCUCGGAGCCCCUUAUCGUCGAUCUCGCCGCGCAGGAGCAGAGCCAUGACUAUCUCGACGAACUGAGCAUAAUUGCCGCGCAGCCGUACCUCACCUCGGUAGCCACCCGCGCGGUGAUCUUCAUCGAGGCGGAUCACCCGGCCCUCGGAACGGUGGCGUUUAUCGGCGUCGGCAUGGCAGAGGUCUCCACAUGUGACAUUACAGUCAAGCAGGGCGAUUAUGUCCGCAAGGGUGACGAGUUGGGGAUGUUUCACUAUGGGGGGUCGACCCACUGUCUCCUGUUUCAAGAGGCAGUCAACGUGACGGGGUUUCCUGCGACAGGGCAAACUUACAAUGUGCCUGUGCGGGGUCACUUGGCCACUGUUGGUUGAUCGCGCCAGAAAACCCAGGAUGUCAUGCCUAUGACCCUUCGAUCAGAUGAUGAGCUGCUUCUGGUCAUAGAAACUAUAUCAAAGCUUAUCGGAGCGCUGGAAAGUUACCUGGCGUAACAUAAAGCACUUCAUUGCCGAAUUGCUUCGUGAUGGUAGUUGUGGUCUUUGUAUCAACGCUGCUAAGUCAGGAGAGAUGCCAGAGGACAUUUGUUUGCGGAGAGAAACGAGAAAACAACCUAUUAAUAUCUUUCACCUUUCUCACGUCCAUCGAUCCGGUCACCCAUAGGCUAGUGUGUGGGCCAAUACUAAAUUCAAG